AUGGAAGUACUGGGGGAGAUCAUUAGCACGUUCAUUAACGACAACAACAGAGCUGCCAGCUUCAAAUCCACCCUCUACAAGCAAACCGGGGUCAACCCCCUGUGGGUGAAGGCGGCCAGGAAGAAAGCGGCGAAGAGAAUGCUGAAGGAGAAGGAGGCGGGGUCUGGGGAGAAGCAGAGCAGCGUCCCCGUGGAUUUGGGGCUGGAGCCUGUGGGGUUUCACACCAUAGUGAUCGACUGCUGUGCCGUGCAGUUCCUGGACACGGCCGGCAUCCGCACGCUGCAGGAGGUCUGCAGGGACUACGGGGACGUCGGCGUCCGCGUGCUGCUGGCCCAGUGCAGCCCCUCUGUCAGGAGCUCCCUGCUCAGAGGGGACUUCUUCAAAGAGGGCGAGGAGCAGCUGCUCUUCCACAGCGUGCACCAGGCCGUGGACUUCGCCCUGGGCACACACGGUGCUGCCAAGAACUAGCUGGGCAGGGGAGGAGGCUGGAGCAGAACCUGGGCAAACACGUCCGUGUGUCCGUGCAAUCAGCGUGUGUGUGAGGGACAGGGCAGGCUGGGGCUGUGCCAUCUCUGCAUUUACCUGCAGUCAUCCCACAGCAGCUGCUGAAGGAAGGGAGUUCUUUCCUCCAUUGUGGCCAAUCUGCGAAUCUGAACGUGGUUGUUCAUCUCCUGUCUCCUCUCUGGAGAUUUCUGUGUCUCGGUUUCACUCUUAAGUGAUCAGAUCUUUGCUACAACUCUGUCCUUGUGGAUGGGGGGGGGGAUUUUGUCCUGUCCAGCUGAAGAAUGAGGCAAUUUGUUUCUCAUCCCUCGUUCUGGCCUUGCUUUCCAUCACCACGCCCUUGUGUUUGCCAAGGAAUGGCUGCCAGGAACUCUUUGCCCUGGUCUUUACUGGGCAGUGUUUGUUUUUGCAACCUCCCUGAAUCUCAGAUAGAGAAAUCAAAUCUGAACAUGCAGGAAGAUAUCUUAAUGGAUAUCUUUUAACCAAGCACCUCUCACCUCCAGAGGUUUUGGCACUGCCUCCUAAUUCAGCCAGGCCACAAGGGCAAGGUUAUCUCAUUCCUCCACAGGCCUAAACCUGCCUGUGCCCGUGGAAAUUCCACCUCUCCAGCCUGAUUUUAAUGAUUUUUUUUUUUUCAUAGAUGACUCUUUAGAAGUCUGAUUCCUUCUUAUGGUCAGUCAAUUGUUUUCCUAAUAUUUAGGAACACUUCAGAAUUGAGAACAUUAGAUGUGCAAAAUAUCUUGUUCUUUAAUUUUAACCAAAAAGAAAUCCCUUCUAGGCAGUUUUUUACACCAGGCAGAGAGAAUCACAAGCACCAAAGUGAAAAGGGACAAGUAGAUUAUCCAACAUCUGCCCAGAUGUGUCCAUGUCACAGAGACUUUGUGCAUGAAUGCAAGAUUUAUUGGCUGUAAACCCUUUGCUCUGUCCUGGACUUUAUGCAAUGGGAGUGCACAGAUCAUUUGAAAAGGAACAG